AAAAAAAAAACCCAAGCCCUGACCCUCGAGCCGGUCGUCGUGGUAUCUGGCGACCUCUCGCCCUAAUUCUCCCGCUCCGUACUCCGUCGCCACCCGACCGCCGUGCCGUCGCAGAUAACCUUCGUCCGCGUGCCACUCUGCACCUCUCGAUCGCGUCUCAACUCGAGCUUCUCGUCGGAUCACCUUCUCGUUUCUUGACGGGGUUCUUGAGAUAUUUACUUUCGUCAUAUUUCGUCGAUCCCCUUCUCUACACCAGGGUCUCAGGUUCUUCCAUUUUGGACGCGGCGAUGUCCGGGCCGUCGAGGGAUGGCGACGGGAGUGGCAGCGAUCUCCAGCUCGUCGCGGUGGCUCCGAAGACCGGCGCUGCGAUCGAUGCACAGGCCGGUGCGGGGGGCGGACGGGGUGGCGCAAUGGUGGAGUACACGAAAAGCGGACCCAUGCUGAGGGAGGAAGAAGAGGACCUCGAGGUGAAGCUUCGAAGAAUCAUGGAGAACGUCCCGGUCCGAGUCAGCAACACCUCCGGCAGCUCCGCCGGUUCCGGCUCCGGCGAUUUCCAUCAGUAUCGACAGAUGAGGAGGAAGGAGCAGGACCGACUGUCCAGGAUGGAUGCUGAUUACCAGAGAAGAAAAGAGGUAGCAGAGUUUAAUACGAGGAGGGAGGAAAGGCUGAAGGCCGCGGAGGAAAGGACAGCAAAGAAACGCCUGAAACGCCAAAAGAAGAAGCAGAGGAAGAAAGAGAAGAAGAUUAAACCAAGCGACGGAGCUCCGAAGGAAGAAGAGUAUUCGGAGGAUGAAAGCUUGUGACGAUGGUGAUGAACUACACAAGUAAUUUAGAUUUAGGUUUCGUA